AUGGGUGCAAGUAUGGCCUCGCAUUUAAUCAAAGCUGGCUACAAAUUAUCUGUAUUUACUCGAACACCAUCAAAAGCUGAUCAGUUAGUGUCAAUUGGUGCUACGGUACUAAAAUCGCCACGUGAAGUAGCUGCUCAAUCGGAUGUUGUAAUAAGUAUUGUUGGUUACCCGUCUGAUGUAGAAAAGGUUUUACUGGACGAAAAUGACGGUGUAAUUAAAGGUUUUUCGGAGAACAAGUCUUCAUCUAAAGUGACUAUUGAUAUGACAACGUCAAAACCAUCACUAGCAGUACGAAUAUACAAUGAAUUUAAAAAAGUUGGAUGCCAUGCUCUAGAUGCUCCAGUUUCAGGCGGUGAUAUUGGUGCAAAAAAUGCUGCGUUAUCCAUCAUGGCUGGAGGUGAUCAAGAUGUGUUUGAUGCUUGUCUUCCAAUAUUCAAAGUAAUGGGUAAAACCAUACGAUUGAUGGGAGGUGCUGGAUUCGGUCAACACACAAAAAUGGCUAAUCAGAUUGCAAUAUCAUCUGGAAUGAUAGCCAUGGUUGAAUCAUUGUUAUAUGCCCAAAAAGCUGGUCUUGAUUGCGAAGCUGUUAUUCAAGUAUUGAGUUCUGGUGCUGCACAAACAUUUUCGAUGAGUAACUAUGGUCCAAGAAUAUUGAAACGAAAUUUUGAUCCAGGCUUCUAUGUUGAACACUUUAUCAAAGAUUUGAGUAUUGCUCUUGAAGAAUCGAGUCGAAUGGGUUUGAUACUGCCCGGUGUAAUUCAAACGAAAAUGUUAUACGAUAUUCUAGCUGCUGAUGGAAAAGCGAAGUUAGGUACACAAGCAUUAAUGUUAGCACUAGAAAAAUUGAAUAAUAUCAACAAACAAACACAGUCUUAG